GAGAAGCAGAGCCCCGAGCAUGGCGACGCCCUGGGAGGGCAACUUCCGACUGGCACGGCGGGAGAAGCUGCCCCGGAGGGCCCCAAGGCCAGCUGGGGACCGUUCACCCCCUGUGCUGAGCCUCCUGGAGAAGAAGCAGGAGGUGGAAGAUGCAGAUCGGGGCCUGCAGGAUCAGAAGAAGGCAUUCCAGGCGACCAUGGCCGCCCUGAGGCAGCGCUGGCAGGAGCUGGCUCGGAAGGAGCAGGCGCUGAAGGGGUCCUUCGUGUGCUUUGACAAGUUCUUGCAGGACGCCGAGGCCCGGCGCAGCCGCACCCUGCGGAGGGCGGCCGAGGAGCGGCGCCGCGCCCAGCGCCAGGAGGCCGAGGCGCAGCGGCUGCGGGCCCAGCUGGCCGGGCUGCAGGAGGAGCGCGCGCGGCUGCGGCGCCGGCUGCAGCGCCUGGAGCCCUGCGCGCGCCUGCUGGGCCGGGUGCUGGAGCAGCGGCCCGAGUUCCAGGAGGUCUCCGAGCUGGUGGCGCGCUACGGCUGCCUGGCCGACACGCUGGCAGAGUUGCAGCUCACGGAGCGCCAGCAGGGCGCCCGGCUGGAGGAGGCGCGCGCGGGGCUGAAGCGGCUCCGGGAAGCGGAGCAGGACGAGCUGCUGCGGCAGGGCCAGCGGCGAGCGGAGCUGCUGGAGCGCCUGGAGGCGGCCCGGGAGGAGACGCUGCGCCGGGAAUCCCAGUGGGUCCAGAUCCAGAACACGGCGUCUGAGAAGACGCUGCUUCUGGGCCGCACCCGGAUGUCAGUGCUCAACAUGUUCCAGCUGGUGUGCCAGCACCGGAAGCAGCCUCCGAUCCUGGACAUCUGUGACACGGAGGGGCAGCUGGAGCAGGUGAGGCUGUUCAUCUUGGACCUCGGCGCCACACUGCGCGGCCUUCACCAGGCUGAGCCUGCGACCCCCACCGCCCCGCAUUGACCACGGUGAGUGUGGACAGG